GAUAACCUGUCAAACUUUAAUGGUGAUGUAUGAAUCAAGCCUAGAGAUCACCUAUGACCGAAUCAGUGAGCGUCAAAGUAGCAAAUUAGCAAGGAUGACUUCUUACGUUAUAUUGAAAGGAUUUGAUUUCAUCUUGUUUACACCAUUAUAUCCUAUCCUCCGUCAUUCAAUUCUUCGAAUGGUGGAUAGUCGAUUUGAUGCCCAAGAUCCAAUUGUGUUCUAUAAUAAUUAUAAAAGAAACUUAAUCGAAAUGUUUUUUAAGAGGCAACGAGGCGAGCUCAGUUGGUUGUCCACGCUGAUACCCACGUAUGUUUGCCAUUGCAUAUUCGAGAUGGUUCAGAUAAAAGCUUACCGAAGAUUCUACAAAUGGAUGUCACCAUCAUCAAAAUCAGAAACAAAAAAGGAAACCAUGUUACACGAAUUUUUUCCCGAGCUUGUCUGUGCUAUUGGAAGCUACCUUGCAGCUAAGUUUGUCACAUACCCAUUAGAGACUGUAGUAGAUAGGCUUAUGGUACAAGGAUACAAUAUGCGUGGUCUUCGAUACACUCGUUAUUCGGGCUUUUGGAAUUGCGUUCAUCGUAUGAUCGUUGAAGAAGGAAUUGGCUCUUUUUAUAAUGGACUGUUUGGUGGAUUUAUUGGCGAAUGCAUGGUUGGUUUUAUCUCAUUGGAAAUGGUAUAUGCAACGUACUGGGUGAUCAGUCGGAUUUCCGAGAAGUUUUCCAAUAACCGGAAACGAAAAUUUGAAAAAAUCGAGUGA